CGGCCGUUGGAGAGCAUUUUCCACAGCCCAAAGACAGUCUGAUCUCGGCUGGCCCAGCUCAACCCCGCCAUAACCCAAAGCCAACCGCAGACAUGCCCGCCAAAUCAAAGGUCAGCUCCAAAGCCAAGGAAGCUGAGAGCAAGAGUACGUUGGCAUCAGCCGUGUUCCUUAUUGUCGGAUCAUACAGCUCCUCUCUCUGGACCCUCCUCGUCGCUCACUACCUCUGGUUCCGAGCUUUCUUCCUCCCGCAUGCUGACUUAGGCUCUCCCGACGCAGGCAAGCAAACACCACCAUCCACCGCCGCCGUAGCCCAAGAACCACCAAAGACGGUCAACGAGCGCUCUCUCCACCGCUUCUACCAGACGAACCCGCACGAGCGAAAGCGAGAGGAGGCCGGCGGACUCCACAGCCUGACACCCGCGGAGCGACAGGCCUGGGUCAACGCGAGCCUCGUACGUCGCGUGGCGAGCAAGGAGAUUUGCCUCAACAACAAGGCGGAGCGCGAGUUCUGGAAGCAGGUCAACCGCGAGAGCCCGCCCAUCCGCCGCCUCGACCGGCAAAAGACGACGCAGGCCGAAAAGGGUACAGGUACCGCCGCCGUCUACGACUGGGGCAGGGACAAGAACGGCCGCGACGUGGGCGAGUACCCCCUCGAGCAGUUCGCCGCGCGCGCCGCCAAGCAGGCCCAGCUUACCGCGCUCGAGAUCCUGCACAGGCGGUUCCUUCAGCGGAGGGAGUUUGCGAGCGCCGGAGUCACGGACGCCGCCACGGGCAAGGUCGAGGAGAUUACGAAAGAGGAUAUCCAGGAGGAGACGCAGAGACGGAGGGAGAUGUCGGCCAUUAGGAAGGAGCUUUACGGCGACAAGAUGGGGCCGUACGCGACGGACCCGGAGUGGGACGACGUCGUGCCGAUUCCCGCCGAGGAGCCCGAGGGCGCGCUCGCUACGAUUGCUUAUCCGGAGGACUACGCCGAGGUCAUGAGCUACCUCCGCGCCGUCAUGGUAUCCGAGGAAUACAGCCCGCGAUGCCUCCGCCUCACGGAGCACGUCAUCUCCAUGAACCCGGCGCACUACACUGUCUGGCUGUACCGCUUCAAGAUCGUCCGGGCUCUCGAGACCCCGCUCGCCGACGAGAUCGAGUGGCUCAACGAGGUUUCGCUCGAGCACAUCAAGAACUACCAGAUCUGGCACCACCGGCAGCUGCUGCUGGACCACUACUACGAGGGCAUCAAGGCGACGCCCGACGAGGUGAAGCGCUUCGGCCGGUCCGAGACGGAGUUCCUCACGCGCAUGCUCGAGGAGGACACCAAGAACUACCACGUCUGGAGCUACAGGCAGUACUUGGUGCGCAAGCUGGGGCUGUGGAACCUACAGGAGCUGCUGUCGACGCAGAACUGGAUCGAGGAGGACGUGCGCAACAACUCGGCGUGGUCGCACCGCUUCUUCCUCGUCUUCAGCGACCCGGCGCACUCUACGGAGGGUUCGCACGCGACGGAGCGCGACCCCAAGGUGCCCGCUGACGUGGUCGAUCGCGAGAUCCGGUACGUCGAGGAGAAGACGCUGCUGGCGCCGCAGAACCAGGCGGCGUGGAAUUACCUGCGCGGCGUGCUGGUCAAGGGCGGGCGCAAGCUCGAGACGGCCGAGGCGUUUGCGGGGCAGUUUGUCAAGAAUGUGGGCGUGGAGGAAGAGGAAGAGGUGCGCAGCAGCCACGCGCUGGAUUUCUUGGCCGAGGUGUUGGCGGAGAAGGGGCACAAGGAGGAGGCGGCCAAGUAUCUGGACCGGUUGGCGGCCAAGUGGGAUCCUGUGAGGGCGGGAUACUGGAAGUACCGCAAGCAGCAGCUUGGGGCGUGA